ACUAGUAUCACAAGAAUGGAGGCGAACGGCGGGCAAACGUUUCAUUACACGCUUUGAAAUGCAUUUUCCCACGGACACCUUGCAUUUUUUUGAUUUCCAUGCCGUAGAUGAUGACAAGGGACUAACGAGGGACUAGCAGGAGGACAUACGGGCGUGUGAGCGAAGCGUGAUGUCCGCACAAGGGAUUGUCCAACGAGAGUAAAUGAGAGGUGUAUUUUUAUUCUGGCCUCCUGGACGAAAAAUCUUCAUUCAUUGGACAUAGCAGUAAAUUUGUGGUUAACUCUCGCUGCCUGAUCACCCAUCACACACAGUAAAUGACAGCCCUUUUUAUGAUACACUUGCAACAUAGAUAAGACAACACACACACACACACACACACACACUACAAGCAUGGCUGAGCAACAGGAGGAGGCAGAGGGUGUGUAUGUGGAGCACCAGUACAUGUGCAGUGAGUGUCACCAGCUCUUCAACACCCUAGAGGAUGUGCUGGUCCAUCAGCAGAUUCACACUGGCCAAGAAGGAGAAGGGGAGGGGGAGGCAGAGGAGGCCAUGACCAUCCAGGGUGUCCCAGAGAUGGGGCAGGGCCAGCAGUACCAGUGUCUAGAGUGUGGGACGCUCCUCAUAAACCCAGAGGAACUGCUGCAGCACCAGGAGAUGCACAUGGGAGAGGCUGGGAUGGAGGUGGAGCAACAAGAGCUGUGUGAAGUUCUGGAGACAGAGGAAGCCGGGUCCGAUGCUCAGUUGUCUGGACCGGUCCAGUACCAGUGCCUUGACUGUCUGGCACUGUUUGACUCACCUGAAACCUGGCUGGAGCACCGGCGGACCCACAGCAGGAGCAGUACACACAGUAACACCGAGACCACGGAGUAUGUGCUACAGCCUGAUGGCACCGUUGUUCCUCUGAACAAUGUGCAGAACUACGUGCUGAGUGAGCAGCAGGCUGGGGAGAUUUUGGCACAGGUACUGGCCCAGCAGCAGCAACAACAGAAGAAACGUCAGUCUCCCUCUAAACCUUCCACACCCGCCCGCUCCGCCCUGUUGCCUCCAGUGACGCCGACCCCCGGCUCUGCCACCAUGCACCUCCAAAUUCUCACAGCUCAGGCCCUGGCGGACAGCUCCACCACUCCUGCUCAGCGCCGCUCCAAGCUGCCCCCUCUGUUGCCUGCUGUGGGGCGAGGCUCCUCAGCAAAGCUGGGGGUCCUGGAGAACGGUGUCCAGAGACUGGAGUUAAGGUUGGCCCCCAGGGUCCAGGAUGACACCCAGCAGCAGCCAACAGAGAUGGUGGUCAUCCACCCUUAUGAAUGCUCAGAAUGCUCCCUUCUCUUCCAGACCCCAGAGGACUUUCUCCAGCACCAGGGAGAGCACUUCCUGGGUCAGGACAAAGAGAGUGGAGAAGCGGGGGUCAUGACUGGCUUUGAAGAGGUGCGAGGGAGAGAGGAAACUGCAGAAAAGGUGGAGGAUGUUAAGAUUAGAGUAGCGGAGAAGAGAGCGGCAGUCUGGGCCAAGCCCCAACAGUGUGAGCUCUGCAACCGCACCUUCACCUCCAUCAACCGGUUGACUGCUCACAAGCGUGUGCAUGAACAGGGCACGCACGAAUGCCCAGAGUGCGGCAAGGUCUUCAAGAAGGCAACAUCACUGCAGACGCACAUGCGCACUCACUCGGGCGUAGCCAGGUACCUGUGUGUGGACUGUGGUCACGGUUUCACCACUGAGAUGACUCUCAUCAUGCACAGGAAGUCCCACACUGCAGACCCUCUUCACAAAUGUCAGUUCUGCAACAAAACCUUUACCAACAUGACCAAGUACCUCUACCACCGUCGAACCCACCUCAACCAGGAUACACCUGGCACACCCGCCCCUGUCUCCAUGGUCUCAGCCCCAAGAAGAGCAUCUCUCUCUGCUCUUGCCAUCCUUCAGAGAGCGAGAGAGAAGAAGAAUUCUCACACUGACAAGGCAAAGAUAAACCUGCUGGCCCCUCUCACAGAGGAAGAGAUGGAAAAAUUGGGAGAAGAUUCAAUACACAGUUCCCAGAGCAAAGUGGAAGGAAGUGAAGUGGAGAAGCAAGGGGAGGACAUGGACGUGGAGGUGUCUGCGUCACUUGAAGGCAGUAAUGACACCGCAAAGGUUGAUGGUGCUACCAAAUGUGGCUUAGCUACGAAAUCUGCUCCCUUGAAUGACACUGGUGUAGAAGUCACGUCCAGCUCCUCUGGCUCAGUAGAAGCUGCUCCAGCUGCAUCAUCAGAUAAAGGACCUUUCUCUUGUCGUACAUGCUCUAAGACGUUUCCCUCGCAGCUGCAGCUAGUUCACCAUCGACGCAAGUCACAUGUCACAGAGCGCAGCUUUAUUUGUGGCAUCUGUGGCAAGUCUUUUAAGAAGCAGAUCCAUGUGCGCAACCAUAUCCGUACACAUACCGGCGAGCGCCCAUUCCAAUGUUCUGACUGCGGCAAAACCUUCUCAUCUCUAGCCAAUCUAAUGCGGCACAACCUCAUUCACUCUGGCGUGCGCCCGUACCGCUGUGAUGUUUGCCACCGCUCCUUCUCCCAGUCCUCCAACCUCCGUCAGCACAGCCUGCUGCACUCCAAUGCUGCAACCCUGUGCUGCCCGGACUGCCCUGCCACCUUCCGCUGGCCCACCAAGCUAGCAGCACAUCGCUACACCCAACACCCAGGAGCUCCGGCCCCUUUCCCAUGUCCCCACUGUGAGGCUGGCUUCCUGACCAGGAGGCAACGAGACAGCCACUGUCUGGAGCUGCACCCCACCCUGGUACAAGCUGGUGCAGGGACAGAAGUGAGUAAGGACACCCACAUGCAGGGACAGUUGAGCAAAGAGCUCACCUCAGAGCCCUCCACUUCAACCACACUAGAGACGGAGCCAGAAGAUUCAACAAAUCUGGUCCGAGGGGGCCUAGACUGCAACAUUUGUGGGAAGAAGCUCAAUUCUUCUGCCAACUUGCGACUUCACAGACUGAGCCACUUCGCCUUGGGCCCUGGGCGGCCGCGCUGCACCUCAGGGAAGCGGCCCAAAGCCCACCAGUGCCCCGUCUGCGGCAAACUGUUUGUGUCUUCCUCUGGAGUCGCACUUCACCAGCGGGUUCACACUGGUGAGCGCCCAUUUCCCUGCCAAGUGUGCGGCAAGCGCUUUCGUCAGAACACACACCUGCGGGAGCACCUGCGCACGCACUCGGGUGAACGUCCAUUCCGCUGUGAAGUGUGCGGAAAGGGCUUCAUUCAGAGUAUGCACCUGGCCGAGCACCGUCGAACACACACAGGCGAACGGCCGCACGUAUGUCCUCAGUGUGGUAAAGCCUUCAAAACCUUCUCCAACCUGAGGAACCACAAAAAGACCCACGCCAGGCAGCAGAGGCUGGAUGGAGAGGCUGCUGCCCAAGCUGCCAUGGAGACCAGCUCUGCUGUGGCAGUAGUUGACGCCUCGGCUGUGGAACUAGCUAACGGGCAGCCUCAGCUCAUCCAGAUCCAAGCCUCUGAUCUUCAGCAGGCGCAGGGCACCCCCACUAUCAUGUGUAAUGAGUUUGGUGAGACCAUAGCCAUCAUUGAGACCAGCGAGGGAGGAGCGCUGCCUCUGGAGCAGGCCUUGGAGAUCUAUCACACAGCUUUGGAGAACGGCCUCGCCAUGGACACGGUCGCUGUGGACGGACUGCAACUCUGAGGACCGGCGGCAGUCGACAAAAACAAGAAUUAAUUCUUGAGAACUAUCACUGAAUUGAUGAGUCUAAUGCUAGUCUUAAAACUGACUGAAAGAAAGACUAAUUAACUACUGAGCAGUUCAGAGAACCAGAUAAUUGCAUACUGGACAUAAAUACUAUAAAACAACAAAAUUCAUAAUAAGUUCAGCAAACAGACCAAAGUUUCUCUCCUUUAUAAAGAAGGGAUCAGUAUUAAAAAUCGAUUGAAAUGAUAAAAUACUAAAAUUAAGGAUACAGCUUUCAUCAUGAAUUAAGGACCAUUGGUUGUGCCUCAGAUGACAUUUGUCAUCUUGUAUGAUUCAUUUUCUCAUUUAUAUGAAAAGGAUGUGAUUUUUUUUUUUUCCUCUUUAAAAGGUUUCGUCAUGCUGUUGAAGCAAAAUAUUCUGUUGUAAAAAGGUGAAAUCAAUAAAUGUUUUUUCAAGAUCA